CAAAAGUUUAUUCUAUUUAGAUAUAUUUUGUUAAUUAUGAACCAAUCGAAGUUUAAUUGUUAAUUAAAUUAAAGGAGUUGAUGUAUUUACUGGAACCAAAAUUUUGGCUUACUUGCAAUGAGGCUGGCGUCGCAACUUGUUAGCCGUUUUGUGAGGUUCUACUCUCAAGAUGUCCUUGCACAUGUACCUCAUCCUAAAGGUCUGCCAGUCAUCGGUACAAUGCUUGAUUUAAUCAAAGCUGGAGGUGGCCCCAAGCUUCAUCUCUAUGUUGACAUGAGGCACCGUCAGCUCGGGUCUGUGUUUCACGAGACCUUGGGUCCAGUCAGUGCUGUGUUCAUCUCUGAUCCGACUGACAUGAGGAGGGCUUUCGCCAGUGAAGGCAAAUACCCCAUACAUCUGCUGCCUGACGCUUGGGUUCUGUACAACAAACUCUAUGACAAGGAAAGAGGUCUGUUUUUCAUGCAUGGGCCUGAAUGGUUGAAGUACCGUCACAUAAUGAAUAAAUUGCUGUUUAAAAAUGAAAGAACAAAAGGACAACUGAGGUCAUAUAAAGUAGCAACUUCAGAUUUUGUGAAAGAGUGGAGCAGAAUUGGCGCAAGCCCUGUUGAAAAUGCUGUUGGGGAUUUGUACAAUCUGUCCAUAUCAUAUGUGAUUGCCACCCUUCUUGGAUCAUCCUAUCCUGAACAUCGAGAUAAGCUGAAAUCAGAAGUAAAUCAACUUUCAACUAUAGUUUACAGUAUAUUUGAAGAAAGCGCAAAACUAAAUCUACUUCCAGCCAAGAUCGCUGCAACAUUUAAGUUACCAGUCUGGCAAAGAUUUGUCUCUUCUGUUAGUACAACUUUAACAUCAGCUGAAAAGCUUGUAAAUCAAUCAUUUCCUCUGGCAGCCGAAGAUGGAAUCCUGCUCCAAAUGGAGAAAGAAGGUAUCACACGAGACAAAAUAGUCAGCAUUGUUGUUGACUUGAUUUUAGCAGCAGCCGACACGACUCCUUAUACAUUGCUGUGGGCUUUGUACCUCCUAGGGCGCAACCCUGAAGUCCAAAAUGAAGUAGCUCAGGACAUUCUGAAGGGAACAAAUGACCCAGAACAAUGGCUGAACAAUCCAUUUAUUCGAGCUGUGAUGCAAGAAACUCUGAGGCUGUAUCCUGUAGCUCCGUUCCUUACCAGAGAAUUAGCUGUCGACUGUGAGAUGAGUGGAUACAACAUUCCUGCUGGGACUAUGGUGAUAAUGUCUUUGUACACCAGUGGCCACUCUGAAGCACAUUUCCCUUCCCCAGAGAAGUUCUGGCCCUCACGAUGGCUCAGGAGUGGUGAGGACGGGAGGUUGAGAGGGGUGAAUGACAAGUCCGCAUCUCUACCCUUUGCAAUUGGAGGGCGGGCUUGCAUAGGCCGUCGAGUCGCCAUGGCUCAGAUUGGUCUUACUUUAUCUGAGAUUCUGUCACAAUUUCAUGUGGAAGUGAAGAAAGAAGUAGAUAUGGUGUUGAUGUUGGUUACAGUUCCAUCUGAGAAUAUACCUCUUUUUCUGACUCAAAGAAAAUUGUAAUUUUUACUAUACAUGAUAGGUUUGAGUGCUGGACAAAAGAUAUUUUUAUAGCAGUCAGAUUUAGCUCAAAAACAUUUUUAUUUCAUUUUGAUUUGUAUCCAAAACUGAAAAUUUAGUCUAAAAGCCAUUACAAAUUUGGGACAGUUUUGGCUUUUUACUGGCGAGUCUCUGCAGUAAAAAAAAAUGUUAUUACUCUAUUACUGUUUUCAACAACAAAAACCUGUCUGUGUACAUUUUUUAAAUGCUAAGGCCACAAGCUCUCAAACCCUUCAAGGAAAAUUGUAACUUGUUCAGAAAUGGUAAACGUUCCAUUCCUAAUAUUCAUAUACUAUGCUAUGCUUCCAUAUCAUUUGUGCUCCUAAGCUCUUAACAGUUUCACCUUUGAAGCCAAUUAUUUUAUAGAAGCUUAGGGUCUUUACUCUUCAUCAUUUUAAUACUCCUUUUUUCAACUAGUAUAAAUUAGUUAUAACAAGAAAAAAAAACACAGGAUACCAGGUGCCUUUAAGCUGAUGCUUACCAAUAAGACUGAAAUAAUGUGAUUCUGGGACAUUCAAUGAUACUGGUUAUUAUAUCAUAUGUUAAUGUUACAUACAAAUAUAACUAUUAAUAAGUGAA